UGAAGGAAAAAAGUUUAUUCACUUCGAGCUUUCCAAACGUGAGCUGCACGCGCUGGAAAAACAGGGAUCCAUUGGUGAGGUUUGCGAAAUUAUUAGACGUGAAGACACGCUGUCACGCUCUCCUUGGGUGACAGACAGCCACAGGUACUGGCAACAGGCACGCUUUACAAACCAGGCGUCAACCAUAAUGCAUUUCUAUUCUGUUUUGCACUGAUCUCACCACUCCCACUUUCUUCUCCAUUUUCCUCGCCGGUCGCCGUCACGCCGCCGUCUUCCCCCCCAAGACUCCGUUGCCAACUCUCCGCACACUUCCUCUGAGAGAAGAAAAAUGUUCGCAGUCACGCCGAGCAGUUCUCUGAACUUACAGAGGCACUACUUCGAGUCAUCCAGCUGGCGAUUCUUCACGAUCUCCCGCGCCGGGAGUAAUUUCAGAGUCCGGAAGGCUAGGGUUUCGCGAUCUGGAUCUUUGGUCGGCGGAAAUGGACUGGCUCGGGCGGCGAUCAGCAGUGAGAACAAGGCCGUGGAGGAAGCUUCUCCGCCGGAAAGAAGAGCUGGCAAUGAGUCCGGGCUCUCUUCGUCUUCUUCCGGAGGAAUCGAAGUUCGGGCGACAAUAAAGAUCAGAAAGAAGAUGAAGGAGAAGUUGACGGAGAAGAUCGAAGAUGAGUGGGAGUAUUUUAUCAACGGGAUUGGGCGAGGGAUAUGGAUUCGCCUUAUCAGUGAAGAAAUCGAUCCUGAAACCAAUUCGGGAAGAAGUAUGGAGUCUUGUGUGAGAGGAUGGUUGCCAAAACCUCUCAACGGUUUGCACACUGUGGAAUACGCUGCUAAUUUUACUGUGCCGCGUGAUUUCGGCUGUCCUGGGGCUGUUCUUAUCACCAAUCUUCAUGGAAAAGAGUUCUAUCUCUUGGAAGUUAUCGUUCAUGGUUUUGAUGUCGGCCCCAUUUUCUUUCCGGCGAAUACCUGGAUUCAUUCACGAAAUGAUAAUCCGGACAGUAGAAUUAUCUUCAAAAAUCAUGUAUACUUGCCAUCACAAACGCCGCUGGGCCUUCAAGGUCUUCGCCGUGAAGAUUUGUUAAACAUUCGGGGCAAUGGAAAGGGUGAAAGGAAGCCGUACGAUAGAAUCUAUGACUAUGAUGUUUACAACGAUUUGGGUAAUCCUGACAAGAGUAAAGAUCUUGCUAGGCCUGUUCUAGGUGUUGAAAAUACGCCUUAUCCUCGACGCUGUAGGACUGGUCGACCUCCUAGUGUAUCAGAUCCGCUUACUGAGAGUAGAAUUGAAAAGCCACAUCCAGUUUAUGUUCCUCGGGACGAAACUUUUGAGGAGAUGAAGAAAAGUACAUUCUCUGCCGGAAGGUUGAAGGCUCUUCUCCACAAUCUUGUACCAUCUAUUGCUGCUACACUGUCAAAAUCAGAUAUCUCCUUCAAGUGUUUUUCAGAAAUUGACAAGCUGUACAUUGAUGGUGUUGUCUUGAACGAUGAAAACCACCAAGAGCACUCUCAAAACUGGUUUCUUGGCAACAUUAUGAAGCAGGUCGUUAACGCUGGUCAGACAUUGUUGAAGUAUGAGAUCCCUGCUGGGAUAAAAAGCGAUAGAUUUGCUUGGCUGAGGGACAACGAGUUUGCACGUCAGACUUUGGCUGGUGUCAACCCAGUAAAUAUUGAGUGUUUGAGGGAAUUUCCGAUCCGCAGCAAACUUGACCCUACUGUAUAUGGGCCUCCAGAAUCAGCCAUUACAAAAGAAUUGAUAGAGAAAGAGCUUUACAGCGGUAUGAGUAUAGAACAGGCCAUAGAAGAAAAACGAUUAUUUAUUAUUGAUUACCAUGACAUGCUUUUACCAUUUAUCAAGAAGAUCAACUCAUUACCAGGGAGAAAAGUCUAUGCUUCUAGAACAGUGUUCUUCUAUUCCCAGACUGGUAUCUUGAGGCCUAUAGCUAUUGAGCUCUCACUGCCUCCAACACCUUCUUCAGAAACCAACAAACAAGUGUACACUCAUGGCCAUGAUGCUACAACACAUUGGAUUUGGAAGCUAGCAAAAGCUCAUGUGUGCUCCGUAGAUGCUGGAAUCCAUCAACUUGUAAAUCACUGGUUAAGGACUCACGCCAGUAUGGAGCCCUAUAUAAUUGCAACUCAUAGGCAACUGAGUUCGAUGCACCCUAUUUACAAGCUGCUUCAUCCUCAUAUGCGCUACACAUUGGAAAUCAAUGCACUUGCCCGUCAAAAUCUUAUAAAUGGAGGGGGAAUAAUCGAAGCCAGUUUCCUUGGGGGAAAGUAUUCCAUGGAGCUAAGCUCUGCAGCAUACAAGAGCAUGUGGCGAUUUGACAUGGAAGCAUUACCAGCAGAUCUUAUUCGAAGGGGUAUGGCAGUUGAGGACCCCUCCGCGCCAAAUGGUGUGAGACUUGUAAUUGAAGAUUACCCAUAUGCAGCAGAUGGGCUCCUAAUAUGGUCGGCGACAAAAGAAUGGGUAGAAUCCUAUGUUGAACACUUUUAUACAGAGCCAAACUCCAUCACAAACGACGAUGAGCUCCAAGCUUGGUGGAGUGAGAUAAAGAACAAAGGGCAUCACGAGAAACGAAAUGAACCUUGGUGGCCUAAACUCAAUACUAAAGAGGACCUAUCUGGCAUACUCACAAUAAUGAUUUGGGUCGCAUCUGGACAGCAUGCUGCAAUAAACUUUGGGCAGUACCCUUUUGGAAGUUAUGUACCAAAUCGUCCGACGCUAAUGCGGAAGCUCAUACCAAAGGAGGGUGAUCGCGAUUAUGACAACUUUAUUGCAAACCCUGAACGAACAUUUCUAUCUUCUUUGCCAACGCAACUUCAAGCAACUAAAGUGAUGGCAGUUCAGGACACGUUGUCCACUCACUCGCCGGACGAGGAGUACUUGGGUCAAGUGAACCAAUUACAUAGCCACUGGAUCGACGAUACAAGGGUGUUGGAAUUGUUUAACAAGUUCUCAUCAAGAUUAGAGGAGAUAGAAGAGAUUAUAAACAGUAGGAACAGGGAUGGCCGUCUUAAAAACAGAAGUGGUGCAGGUGUUCCUCCUUAUGAGCUACUGCUCCCCACAUCUGGUCCAGGGGUUACUGGUCGCGGAAUCCCCAACAGCAUUUCUAUCUGACAAGAUAUGAAGAUUUAUGCUCUGGGUUCUUCUGUUCAGCCGCACAGUUGUGUCUAUUUUUGGUGCUUGCUAGUUGCUUCGUCCAGAAUUCAGAAUAUAGUCUUUUCACCACUCGAGAGAGAAUUUUAAUUGAUUAUAAAUUUCCCCCCUCCAGAAUUUCAGAACUGUAGCUCUUUUACCACUUCAGAGAUUCUUAGUUUAUUAUUAUAUUUGUAGAUUGAAGAAAAAGAAAAGGAAAAGGGAAAAGAGGAUCCCCGGCUCUCACAACUCUGCUUCCCUGUGCCUCCUUGGUUAGAAGAUAAAUGUUUCUUGGUUUUGAAUUUUUCAGGUGGGAGGUAAUAUGGUAAGCUAAGGAUUCUCUGAUUUCCCUUGCUGCAAAGCCAUGAAGACAAAUGGAGAUCAAAAGCCAAGGUAAACAUACUACAAUGGUCUUUUAAGCACACAAAAUGCACCAAAAAUCAUUGAUAUCAAGAUCAACUUCCCAGUUCUACAUCUCUGAUCUUAGUUAUUUCAAUUUAUUACGAUGAUCCCGUACUAAUUUUGAGUACAUUUGUAACCGUGAUGAUAAUUUAAUUAUCUACUAGCGACUAAAGACAGGUUCUUGGGUAGAAGUAUGCACUACAGUUGCACUCUUUUUAAGAAAAUAAAUAUGUAAACUUGAUUAUCUAUGUAUAAUACUCUAAAUUUUAGUUA